AUGCUCGGAUUGCACACCCUCCUCCUUGGCCUUGCUGCCCAGCUUGUAUCUGCCUAUCCGCAGACCAAAGAUGCAAAGCUUGGGGCUGUUGCAUCGGAGAGCUCAAUCUGCACGCAGAUUGGGAUUGACAUCCUCAAGAGUGGCGGUAAUGCCGCUGAUGCUAUUGUGGCAAUGCAAUUCUGCGUCGGUGUCACUGGAAUGUACCACUCGGGUCUAGGUGGAGGGGGUUUUGCGGUUGUUCGGUCCAAGAAGGGAAAGUACGAAUUCGUGGACUUCAGAGAGAUGGCUCCCGCCGCCGCCUUCGAGACAAUGUACUCGCCUCCUCUUUCGAAUGCCAAUUACUCGCUCUACGGUGGUCUCGCAAGCGGUGUGCCCGGCGAGGUUCGAGGACUUGAAUACAUCCACAAGAAGUAUGGAUGCUUGCCUUGGAAGAAGGUUGUCAUGCCCGCCGUCAAGGUUGCUCGAUACGGAUUCAACGUGACCGAGGAUUUGGUUCGCUACAUGGGAUCAAGUACAUUCAUGGUUACCGACCCAACAUGGGCGAUCGAUUUUGCGCCAAAUGGAACCAGACUGGGCCUCGGCGACAAGAUGACUAGAAAGCGCUAUGCUAAUGCUCUCGAGUGUAUUGCAAACGAAGGCCCGAAUGCGUACUAUCAUGGUUGGAUCGCUGCUUCGACCAUCAAGGCAUUGCAAGCUUCCAAUGGGACAAUGACCCUCUCGGAUUUGGCAAAAUAUACUGUGCAGAUCAGACCAACUUCUAACAUUACGUAUAGAGGCUUCAAGAUCAACACUGGUAGCGCGCCUUCUGGCGGAGCUGUCGUGGCCAGUAUCAUGAAGAUCAUUGAAGGUUACGACAUGUCAACCCCGUCAAACCUCAACCUCUCGGUCCACUAUCUUGACGAGGCCUUCCGAUUCGGUUACGGUCAACGGCCCUAUAUUGGAGACCCAACUUUCAUGCCGAACAUUACUUCCUACCAGAAGGCUAUGUAUUCCGAGGCUACCGCCGCUAAGGUCAGAAGCCUCAUCCAACCAGAUCGAACCUUGAAUGUCACCGCGUACAAUCCAUCAGGAUAUCAGAUCUUAACAGAUGACGGAACAUCUGCAACUGUUUCUUCGGAUAAGAGCGGUCUGACCAUCGCCAUGACUUCAACGAUCAACACAAUCUUUGGUAGCAGAGUUAUGAUUCCAGAAACCGGAAUUAUCAUGAAUAAUGAAAUGAAUGACUUCAGUCUUCCAAACACCACGAACGCCUUUGGAUUUAUUCCCACCGAAGCCAACUUCAUCAAACCAUUCAAGCGACCACUUUCCUCAAUCUCCCCAACCAUCGUCGAACGAGCUGAUGGGAGCGUAUAUAUCUCGCAUGCCUCUGCCGGCGGAUCUCGCAUCAUCACCGAAGUAGUUCAGCAUCUCUGGCACACCCUCGACCAAAACAUGACCUCUGCCCAAGCCCUUGCCGAACCUCGUAUGCACGAUCAACUCUUACCAAACACCGUUUCGUUUGAGUAUGGAAGCGAGUUCCAGGGUAUCAAGGGUUACAACAACCAGACUACUGCGUUCUUGGCGAGUCUCGGAGCGAGCAUCAGCUUCGUUGCACCGGGAAGUACGACUGCACAAGGUUUACGGGUUUUAAAGAACGGUACUUUCGAGGCAGCUGGUGAGCCUAGACAGUUGAAUAGUGCUGGAUAUGCUAUUUAA